CCGCCGUAAGAGAAAAAACCAAAGAGCAAGGCAUGGGCUUGCCGUUACCGACACUGCCUGGCAUAACAUACCAGUUACAACUCUCUCUCUCUCUAGAUUGGCUUUGCCCAUUUCGAUUUACUAUAAAUACCCUCUUGCGUGUACCUAUAUAUGGCAUCAUCAACACCUUUGCUUCAUUAUUCACCCAUAUUUACCAUCAGAAAUGGAAGCUUAGCCUCCAAUUCUACUCCUUCCUCUUCUUCGUCCUCAUCGUGUUCGUCUUCGCCUUGUUGUUCAUCGUUCGAUAAUCGGCAGGGUUUUAAUUGGAGUCUCUGGAAUUUUUCUGGCAUAUCCAACAUCUGGAAGCAUCAAAACUUUAGAGCCCACGCUAUGAGUACAACCCAAGGAAACGUUGCCUCACCAAAGAGGAUUAUAAAUGUGAAAGAUGAACCUGACCAUCUUCUUGUUCUUGUUCAUGGCAUUUUGGCAAGCCCUAGUGACUGGACCUAUGUAGAAGCAGAGUUGAAGAGGCGUCUAGGAAGAAACUUUUUAAUCUACG